AUGGGAGUUCAGGGACUUUGGAAGCUGCUCGAAUGCGCUGGGAGACCUAUCAACCCAGAAAUGCUAGAAGGAAAAAUUCUUGCUGUUGAUAUCAGUAUUUGGUUGAACCAAGCAAUAAAGGGAGCCAGAGAUCGUGGUGGUAGUUCCGUACGAAAUGCUCAUCUCCUCACUCUGUUCCAUCGACUCUGCAAGUUACUGUUUUUCCGAAUUCGACCUGUCUUUGUUUUUGAUGGAGAGCCACCGCUUCUGAAGAGACAGACCUUGGCUAAGCGAAGACAAAGGAAGGAAAUCGCCAGCACUGAUUCCAGGAAAACUGCAGAGAAACUCUUGAAAACAUUUCUGAAGAGACAGAUUAUCAAAACUGCGCUUAAGGGCAAAAGCAAUGAAAUUUUGCCCAGUAUUACACAAGUUCGGAGAGAAGAAAUUGAUGAUAUGUAUGUACUGCCACCUUUAGAGGAUGAAGAGAAGAACAGCUCAGAGGAGGAAGAGGAAAAAGAAUGGGAAGUGAGAAUGAGCCAAAAGAAGAUGUUGCAGGAUGAGUUAUUUCAAAAUCCAAAUGCUGUAGAUAUUGAAUCAGAAGAUUUCAAGAAGCUGCCUCCAGAAAUAAAACAUGAGAUCUUGACUGAUUUGAAAGAAUUCACAAAGCGAAGAAGAACAUUGUUUGAAGCAAUGCCAGAGGAGUCAAAUGACUUUUCCCAGUACCAGCUUAGGGGUUUGCUUAAGAAAAGCAGCCUCAGUCGGUGCAUAGAAAACGUACAGAAGGAGUUGAAUGAACAGCACUCGGGCGAAAUCCAAAGACAAUACGAAAAUGAAGGUGGUUUUGUGAAAGAAGUGGAAUCUAGGAGGGUAGUCUCUGAAGAUACUUCUCACUAUAUCCUAAUAAAGGGUAUUCAAGCAAGAGAAGCUGCAAGUAGAGACUUGGAAACUACUGCAGGACCCUCAUCAAAAAUGCUAGAGUUUACUAAAUCGAAUAAAAUCCAUGAAUCUCCUGCUGAUGCAAAGCCAGUUGCAGCUGACAAAUUGCAGGCAGAGAAAGAUGACAGCGCGAUGGCAGCACCACCCUCCCCUCGGACUUUGCUUGCCAUCCAGGCAGCUAUGGUAGAAAGCAGCUCAGAAGAAGAACUGGGGGAGGACGGUACAGGGCAGUUGCACUUGGAGCAGUCUUUAACGGAGGAAGGCAGCGUGUCUCCAAGAACGCUGCGGGCAAUUCAGCAGGCUCUGAGUGGUGAUGAUGAAAGGGAGGAAGUUGUUACUGUUAGAACUGAUGGAGUGCUGCCAGAAAGACCAGAAGUGAAGGACUUUCUGCUUAGUAGCUCAGAUGAGGAAGAUCAGCUUCCUGAAAUUGAGGAGGGGAAAAAAAUAUCUGUGUCUACAAUUAAUUUGUCAAACCAAGCGAUUAUUGAAGAUGCUGAAUUUGAACAAAAGAGUCAGGAGUUGGAAAAAAGUCAUAUUGCACCCAAAGAUACCAGUAUGUCCAGAGCUGAAAGCUAUUCUUGUAUUGACAAUUCUAGAAAAGGCAAAGAAGAUGUAGACAAAGAAGAAAAUGGUUCCAAAAUGGACUCAAGUUCUCUGGGAGACAAAGAUAUAAACUUACGCAUGGAGAAGCCAAGCUGUUCCCCUGUACUAACUAGUAUAGAGGGUUUGGUUCAUGUUGAAACAACAGACCUUUCUAAAAAUGAGGAAAACUUGAAAAUUUCUGAAAAUACAAAGGAAGUAGUUUCACAAGCAGAAGAGAAUAUAUCUGAGGUACAGAAAGAUAGUGGAUUUCUACCAGAACAAAAAGGUCCUGAGGAGGAAAGAGGAGGGAUAUCACAGUCUGAAUCAGACAGUGAUUCUGAUGGAAGCUUUAUUGAAGUGGAUGCUGAAAUCAGUAAUGAGGCUGUCUCUCCUACUAAAUAUGAUGAAAAACUGGGUGAUGAAACAGCACGUCCAGAAGUGGAGCCAGACAGCCACGGUACUGUCACACAGGACUUGCUGAAGGAGCCUGAUGAAGUGCAGUUGGCAGACAGUCAGAAUGCUGAAAGGGAAGAUGGUGGUAAAGAAGCAGUGGACGAGUGGCAAGACAUCAGUUUGGAAGAACUAGAAGAAUUAGAAAAUGACCUUUCUGCUGAGCAGAGUAUGCUUCAGGCUCAGAAACAACAGCAGGAACGUGUUGCUGCUUCUGUAACAGGACAGAUGUUCUUGGAGAGCCAGGAGCUUCUCCAUCUGUUUGGCAUUCCGUAUAUCGAAGCUCCGAUGGAGGCAGAGGCACAGUGUGCUAUAUUGGACCUCACUGAUCAGACCUCUGGGACAAUCACUGACGAUAGUGACGUCUGGUUAUUUGGUGCACGACAUGUUUAUAAAAAUUUCUUUAAUCAGAACAAAUACGUGGAAUAUUACCAGUACGUUGAUUUUCAAAGCCAGCUAGGGUUGGAUCGAAGCAAGCUCAUUAAUUUGGCAUACUUGCUUGGAAGUGACUACACUGAGGGCAUCCCAAACGUUGGCUUUGUAACAGCGAUGGAAAUUUUAAAUGAGUUCCCUGGGCAUGGAUUGGAACCUCUGUUAAAAUUCGCUGAUUGGUGGAAUGAGGCUCAAAAGAAUAAGAAGUUGAGACCUAAUCCACAUGAUACCAAAGUCAAGAAGAAGCUGCGGGAGCUGCAGCUUUCCUCAGGUUUCCCAAAUCCAGCAGUGGCCGAAGCAUACCUGAAGCCUGUGGUGGAUGAGACAAAGGGUUCAUUCAUGUGGGGGAAGCCUGAUGUAGAGCAGAUCAGAGCGUUCUGUCAGGAUCACUUUGGCUGGACUAGGACAAAGAUAGAUGAAAUCCUUUUGCCUGUGAUGAAACAGCUGAACUUGCAGCAGACUCAGCUUCGAAUUGAUUCAUUCUUCAGACUAGCACAGCACGAAAAACUAGCUAUUAAAAGUCAGCGACUGCGCAGAGCUGUGACUUGCCUGAAGAGAAAGGAAAAAGAAGCAGCUGAUGAAACUCGGGAGGCUACUGCUGUUAUGGAGGUGGAACUUAAACAGCACGAGGAAGGUACCGCAGGCGGCGCCAGUCACCAAGCUGUGGCAGCAGAAUUCCAGAAGGGAAAUAGAAUAAAACGUUCACAUUCUAGAAAAGAACAUUUGUACGGUGGUGGUUUUAUUGGGAAUUUGCAUCUUUCAGAAACUUCUAGUGACUCUUCAGUAGAGGAUUCGAAAGGCAGGGAUUUAGACAAGAGCAAAAGGAGGAAAAACGUCUCUGCAGUGGAGACAGGAGCCCUUAAAGAGAAAAGGGGGUGCAGUAGCUCAAGUGGUGAGGAUGAGGAACUGGGAAACGUAGUCAUGGUGACUGCCAAACCUGUGUUUGAGGGCAGAAAAAAGAAAUCACGGAGUAGGAGGGGAAUAAAAAAGAAAAAAUGUUGCCAGAAGGAAAGUGAGUUCGAUGAGGUUUGUUCUCCUUAUUCCCUUCACCAGGCCUGUCUUGACAGUUCUGUGCUCAGCAUAAUGGCGCUUCCUGGAGUGUUCGUGAGACAGCGUAAGGCCUGGUAG